AUGGCACUCGGAGCCGACUACUCAAAACUAAGCGAUGCUGUCUAUCAAGUUCAAGACUCACUAUCUUUAUACAACCAAGAUAAAUAUUAUACCCAAAAACAAAAUGAUUUAUUUUACAACAUAAAAAAGUUUAUGUGUUUAGGAAGUAUGGUAAACGAUAAUGAUAAAUAUGAUGUUUCAAAAAUUUUAAAAGAAGGAAAUAAAAAAUGUAAUGAAACCAUAAAAGAUUCUUUUAAAAUAUUAGGGUAUAAAUAUAAUACUACUAAUAAUAAUGACAAUAUUAAAUUUACAAAAUUAUUUCAUGAUAAUUAUUCAAAUCUAUUCUAUUGUAUGCAUUUACACAAUGACGAUAAAAAAUGUAACUCACUAUUUAAACAUUUUUAUCAAACAAUAAAUUACGACAAAAUUAGGGACAGAUAA